GAUUUCUAGGGUUCACCGGAGGGUUCUCUCUUCUGUUCGGAUUGUCACCAUUUCUCGUGAAUCUGUACUUGAAUGCAGGUAGAUCAGAGAUCAAAAGAUCCAAGCAUUUUCCCCUUUCGCUGUGGCGGAUCCGUCUCUCGAUUUUUGCAUGGUGGAAUCUUGAGUUUUUCUCGGAUUGUUGGUUCAGACUUGUUUUGUCGAUUCUUCAGUGCAUGUUCCACUUUAUCACCUUUUCCGAUGUCAUGAUCAUGAACUAGGGUUUCUUCGAAUUUUUCCUGCAAUUUUGGCAUCAUGUGGAAGCAGUUCUUCGGCAAAUUGCAUCGCAAAUCGUCAAAAUCUGAGUCCGCUUCGGAUUCAUUCUUGUCCGGCAAUUCAAAUGGCGGCGGUGCAAUUUUCGCCAACACAAUCCAAAGUUCUACCAGCGGUAAUCUCACAUCCAGCAAAUCCGCGGCUGCCGUGAAGCGGAUGCCCUCUUCUGUCUUUCCCUCCAGCGUUGUUGCUGGAAUUGAACCUCUUAUCUCCUUCAAAGACGUCUCCAACACAGACAAACCCAAUCUUUUCAUAAACAAGUUGAGUAUUUGCUAUACAAUUUUUGAUUUCUCUGAUCCAAACAAGAACUCAGCUGAGAAAGAUAUAAAACGCCAAACUUUGCUAGAUCUUGUUGACUAUGUCCAUUCUAAUCCUCCGCGGUUCACUGAAUCCAUGAUUGAAGCAAGCUAUAAGAUGUUUGCUUCAAACCUAUUUAGGGUUUUCCCACCGAACUAUAGAUCCAACAGAGGGGGCGGUGAGAAUGAGGAAGAAGAGCCAAUGUUUGAUCCUGCAUGGUCGCAUCUCCAAAUAGUCUACGAAUUAUUGCUUCAAUUCAUUGCUUCCCCAUCGCUAGAUCCAAAGCUAGCGAAGAAAUAUGUCGAUCAUUACUUCAUAUUAAGAUUGCUCGAUUUGUUCGAUUCCGAAGAUCCGAGAGAACGAGAGUGUCUGAAAACAGUCCUUCACCGUGUUUACGGAAAAUUCAUGGUUCAUCGUCCGUUCAUUCGCCAAGCCGUGAGCAAUAUUUUUUUCCGAUUUAUCUUCGAAACGGAACGACAUAACGGGAUAGCUGAGCUUUUGGAGGUUUUUGGAAGUGUGAUUAGCGGGUUCGCUCUUCCAUUGAAGGAGGAGCACAAGAUCUUUCUUGGUAGGGCAUUGAUUCCUCUUCAUAAGCCCAAGACAGUAGGAAUUUAUAUGCAACAGUUGACUUAUUGUGUGACUCAAUUUAUUGAGAAAGAUCCGAAGCUCGCAAGUACUGUAGUCAUGGGUCUAUUGAAGUAUUGGCCGAUGACAAAUAGUCAAAAGGAGAUUAUGUUCUUGACUGAGUUGGAAGAAAUCUUGGAGUUGACUAAUGGAAUUGACUUGCAAAAGUGUUUGGUGCCUUUGUUCCGGAGGAUCGCUUAUUGCCUUAACAGCUCUCAUUUUCAGGUUGCCGAGAGAGCUCUUUUCUUAUGGAACAACGACCAUAUCAUGACAAUGGUGGUUCAGAACCGCCAAAUAAUUGUGCCUCUCAUCAUUCCUGCCCUGGAGAAGAACGUCAGCAGCCAUUGGAACCAGGCAGUUCUAAACCUCACCAUGAGUAUCAAAAAAAUGUUCUCAGAAAUGGAUGAGGAGCUCGUUUUAUCCUGUCAGAAGAAGCUCGAAGAAGAGAAGCGGAAGCUGCCUGCAAUGGAGGAGAGGAAGAGGAUGAAGUGGGAGCAACUGGAGAUGAUCGCUUCUUCUUCCUUCCUGCCAUUAACUGUAAAAACUGCCGUUCUGGUAAGUCCUACCUCUGCUCUUUAAGAUCUGUCAAUGGCUGCGAGGAUAGCUUUAAUUUUCUUCUUAAAGCUUUGUUGUGGCUCUAUCUUUUUAAAUUUCUCUCUCUCUCUUCCCUCUCUUGCCUCAUGUUCUUCUGUAUUAUUAUGUGUUUUUCUUUUCAGUUAUUAAAAAUCUGGAAUGCUAAGUUUAUGCUCCAGAGAAUUCUCUUCA